AAAUUCUUAAUAAAACCUUCGGGUACGAAAUCCGAUUACCGAUUCUUAAAACGAUCUCUCUAUACUCCGGUUGCCAGAAAGCAUAACUUCUCGUUGAGCCGAGAUGUAAAAGGGCGCGCGAGCGGCGAGUUUGCCUGGAAGGGUUUGAAAUCGGAGUUACAUGGAAGAAGCUAAGCAAAAGAAAGACCGCAGCCGACCAGCUGUGAUGGAGUUAGGUGUGAACGUUUCAGACGGUCGGCACGUGCUGGGCAAAGAGAAAAGUUAGCUGAAAUGGAGUAUCGACCAAGAGGCUCUCGGACUCGUUCAAUACUCCGAUGGCCAAUUGGAGUAACAGAGACAGCUCUGAAGAGCGACAGAGACAGAAGCAUAGGGUUCACAAGGCGGGCAGAAGCGUUCAAACCGUUCGAUUCUGCCCGCUUUUCAAGCAACACUCCCUGAACAGGUGCUAGGUACUUAUCGAUGGGACACCAUGAAAACAACCGUAGGAAUUUGAAGUAGCCGGCAAUUAACAGGGCCGUACUUGGUGCCACGGAGGAUUUAGUGGAAAUAAAUGAGUCAAAGCGGCGACGACGUCGUCGUAGGUCGAGGCAUAACCCAAUGGUAGGGAUAUCUCAGGCAUGAAACCAGCGAAUCUAGUGCCACCACGUAAAAACUUUUCAAGCUGUUUCAAAUAUUCCUAACGACCUCGAUCAAAGUUGAACGAUCCGAUUUGAAAUAAAAAGAAAGCUGAUGUUUAUCAGAAUGAAAUAUCCGUCGGUCUAGUGAUUCAUGACGAAAGAAAGAACACGAAAAUCGUUCAAAGUUCAUCGUUGACACGUGUGUCGCGAAAGUUCGCAUGGUAAUCAGCAGGCGCGCGCAAAGACCGAACUAUGCCUUUUAAACUGAUGACGAAACGUUGACAGAGCGUAAUUCGAAUCGGUGUCGAUUUCGCAGCGUCAGAUAACGAGAGCAACGUAGCGGCGCCACGACGCGACGCGACGCGACGCGACGUCUAGGUACCUGAAGAGCAGGAAAAGAAAAAACGGAUACGGCCCUGAACGCCGGGACAUGGAAGCUAGCAGAGCGCAAGUCUUCUGCUAAUGCCAAACGAUUCCCUUAAUACACUUGCGUCUGGAAUCUCGUUGUAAUUGGGGCGAACGGUUUGUGCCAGCUGUCGCGUACUUGUCAGAGUGCUUCGUAACGAUCCAACUAACCGGUCGAACGCGAAACAUCAUCGGAGCGAUCGUGUUUAGCAGGAGAAAAAAGAAUCGACGAGGAGAAGUUAGCUAGCGGAGAGGAGCGUGCGAUUCGGAGCGCAACACCGAAAGCAGCAGAACACGACUGGGUUUGGUCGCCAUCUUAGAUCCAUCACGAGCACGUUGCGGGAAGGCGGUAUAAAGAAUUCCGUGGAAUUGGUGUGGCUACCGAGGAGGAAAGUCCGAAGGAAUGCGAGCAGGAAAAGUGUCAUUUUUCCUCGAACGCGAACGCGAACGCUUAUAAAGCAUCAACGGUGCAUGUCGACGCUGGGUUACGCGGUGGGUGCUGUGAGAGAAAAAACUGGUCGGCCCUUGUUUUUAAGGGUGCCGCAGAUGCAUGAAACGCAAGUGAAACGAUCGUGUGCAAAGUGACUUAUUUGGAGGAGAGAGAUUUUUUUUUUCUUUUCUGUUUCCUAAUUUAACCAGCUGGCCUCUAGCCAUCGCGAAACUGUCCAACAGACGGAACGAUCCUAACGAGCUCUUUCAUUAUGAGCAAGAUGCUAGGAACAAACUAUUGCACCGUCUUCUCUGUACUUAGAAGUCCCGAAGAGGGUGAAUCGUUUAAGCGGAUCAUCUGAAAGAAUUGAUCGUAGAUACUUUGGUCAACCGCGAGGACGAUUGUCAAGGAUUAAUCGACCCAAUCACGAAUAACGCUGGAGAUACGAGUGUAAUCUUAUUUGCCAGCGAAGGAAAAGAACUCGCGAGCAAUCGUGCGAUCAUCUUCGAAAAAAGAACUUGAACGUUGACGUAAUCCAUUAUAUAUAGUUGGUGAAAAAUCACGAAUAUCGUGUGGUGAAUUUCGGUGCGGUACUUACACACCAGGUAUUAAUAGACAAAACUGAUCAAUUUUUCUUCAACGCAGCCGUGACGUUCGUGUUACUUGAGAAGAGAAAAAAAACCGAUAAAAUCAAUCUUUUUUCAAUAAGUGACUUUUCGAAUUAGUACUUCGAUAUUUGAUCGCGACAAGUGAUUUUUCCGAAGACUAUCGGCAACAACGAUCGACUCGAUCGCGUUCAACCGAUAAUACAGAUCUCUGUCGAUCGCGAAAGAAUUCGCGAUCCAUCCGGCGGGCUCAGCAGCGGGCUCAGCAGCGGGCUAUCGAGUUUCUUCUGCCGAUCGAAGAAUCCGACGGCAUUCAAAAUAACUUUAUAACCCGUAAUGUAUUUGAGAUCGUACAAAGAGGCAGCAAAAGGGAGGCACGAGAAUACAAGAGAGUCGAUCGAAGUUGACUUCGCGGCCAGAGGCGGAAGCGACGUUGGAGCAACCGCGAGAAGCAAAGUGAAGACGAAGAAGUGUCCGGUGGACUGCUGGGAUUUCGAAGAAGCUCAGCCGCUUCGUCCGACCAGAUCGUCCGGCAGAGUUUCGAAACAGGCUUGCUUACGUCGCGGUAUGAGCAAAGGUGAACGAGCAGUGACCACGCCACGAAUUGGAUGGCGAAAGCUCACCGAUCCUGGCGACUGACACGAAUCUAGAAAAUCGGGGGCAGGUCCGAAACGAUAGCAUCAGCUACUACACGCUUAUCAUUCUAAUCGUCCUACUCCUGCCGUUCAUCGCUCAUCCUUGCUCUCGUCGAAAGCUUUUCGAUCCUCGAGCUCCUCGAGAAUAACCGAAUCGUCGAUCCUCUAUGCCAGCCAAAUGCAACAGAACGCUACCGCCAACUCUAACUCGAGAACUUUGAAGACGGACCCAAAAAUGGCGGGCAAUCGGUGUCGGUAGCAGACGGGGUUAUUACCUAAAAUAACAAAAUCACCUCGUCCUGCACUUUGCACUCCGCACUCCAUACUCCGCACUCUUCCUAUACGGCAUACGGGAUUCAUCGCUGAACCAUUUGAUUUGGUCUCAGUUACGUUCCCGUAUUUCUCUCUUGUCACACGAGUGCUCCUCCAUCCCCCUUUGAUCCCCCUUCCCUUCCCUUGAUCAAACCAAAACCUCGACGAACUUUGGUGUCGUUUUUAAUUGCUCGUCGAGACGAACGACGAAAGGGUCCCGAUCGAGUGACCCAUAGACAAUAACUUGCGUAGCUGGAUAAAGAGUAGUAGUGAGAUAACAUGUAGUAGUGAGACGAACAACGGAUCAAUUAUUAAGAAGAAGGACAAGAAAGGUGGACAAAAAGGGGUGAAGAACUGCCGCUAUCGUGAUAUCAAGAAGAUAACGGUAUCCUGCGCUCGAUCUCCUCGCGAGACAACCUUUUUCGCCAAUUGUAGCUAAUUUUAAACUAAAGAGAAAAGAAAAAUAAGUAAAAUAAUAUUUAUCCAAGAAUCUGGUCCCCUUUGCCCCGCAAUCGUCAUGCCGCCCACGCCGAGCAAGCUGAACCUGAGCUUCGCCAGAAACGCGUACAGCGUGUUUGGAACACGCGCUACCAAUACCACUGCUGAUCAUCAGCGCGAACAGAAAACGGAACUUUUGGAGGGUACCAGAGGUAACGGAAUUCAUCUGAAAAAUGGCAUCGACUAUGUCAACCCUGGCGAAGAAGAUCAGAUGGAAAUCUAUGGCUAUAAGAGAAACAAGAUCUUCACCGCUGUUACCUGGUUCUUGAUCGUCAUCACCGGAGGACUUCUUAGGUUGGUCUUCCACUGGGUACCGCACUUGAUGCUGUUGGCAACUCAUUCCAAGUGUCAAUUAGAAGAUGCAGACAGAGUCUUGCUGGUGGAAAAGUUCCAAGGGAAACACACGAGUUACUAUGUGAAGAAAUUGAAGACCUUAGCUGCUCAGGAUGUAGUUAACAAGCCAUUUGACGGAGAAUCAUUAAUGGAUAACGAACCCUGGGUGGAAAACGGCAGCAUGAUAACCAUCAAGGAAGUGAAGGAAGAAUACCCAACGCUGUCUUUGCAUUUACUCGGCGGUCAAUUCAAACAGGUUCCAUCUAUCGUUCUUUUUCAUUGUAAAAAGUUAACUUACGUUUGGGACCACGAAAGAUCAGAAUUUCUGAAACUUCGCGGUCUAGACGUUGGCGUUUUAACUUCGACGUUGCAUCAAAUGCAAGGACUAAAUUAUCACGAGCAGCACAUGAGACGCAACGUUUACGGAAACAACGAGAUCGUGAUUCCAGUGAAAAGUAUCUUAACGCUCCUUUGUCUGGAGGUUCUCAAUCCAUUCUAUGUCUUCCAACUGUUCAGUUUUUGCCUCUGGGUUGCCGACAAUUAUUACUACUACGCCAUGGUCAUUUUAUCAAUGUCCAGUGUCGGUAUAAUUAUGGCAGUCUUCCAGACUCGACGGAACCAACACAAUUUACGAUCCACCGUUCACUCGUCCGACGUGGCGACUGUGAUGAGAGAUAGAAUGACCGGACAAACUGCAACUGUGCCCGCUGAACGAUUGGUACCCGGUGAUAUUUUAGUUAUUCCAUCUCAUGGUUGUCUGAUGCCGUGCGACGCUGUGCUUCUCACCGGAAAUUGUAUCCUGAACGAGUCUAUGCUUACGGGGGAAUCGGUUCCCGUCACCAAAACUCCUAUACCUUCGUCCAGCGAGGUGAUCUACGACACCAAGGAGCACGCGAGGCAUACUCUCUUCUGCGGUACUCGUGUCAUUCAGACCAGAUACUAUGGAACCGAAAAGGUUUUGGCCGUCGUUAUCAGGACUGGGUUCAACACGAGCAAGGGUGGCCUGGUGAGGUCCAUCAUGUACCCUCCACCGGUUGAUUUCAAGUUCGAACAAGAUUCCUACAAGUUUGUCGUUCUAUUGGCUGGAAUCGCGAGCAUCGGCGUGAUCUACACCAUCGUGACAAAGAUCAUGAGAGGUGUGCAAAGCAGUCACAUCGCUUUGGAAGCUUUAGACUUGAUCACGAUCGUGGUGCCUCCGGCUCUACCAGCGGCUAUGACCGUUGGUCGUAUGGUGGCGCAACGUAGAUUAGAGAAGAACAAGAUUUAUUGCACCAGCCCAAGGACUAUAAACGUGUCGGGAUCGAUCGAUUGCAUUUGCUUCGACAAAACUGGAACACUGACCGAGGACGGACUGGAUAUGUGGGGCGUGGUGCCCGCUGUCGACAACAAGUUUCAGUUGCCUAUCAAAGAGAUCAUCUCCCUGCCUUUGAAUGAUCUUCUCAUUGGAAUGGUCACGUGUCACGGGAUCACUAUAAUCGAUAAUCAGCUGGUAGGUGACCCGCUCGACCUGAAAAUGUUCGAGUCCACCGGCUGGACAUUGGAGGAGCCCGAUGUAUCCGACACGUCCAAGUUCUCCAUGCUUUUUCCCACCGUCGUUCGACCGCCGAAGAGUUCGAAACUGCUGAAGAAACUGUCGAACGAUAUAAGGAUCUCUAUCAGCCGACAAAACUCGAUGACAUCCGAGGUGGUGGACAACGUUUCGUUGAACAAUCUCGAUUCCGCGUUGGCUGGUUCCACCACGGAAUUGGGCGAGCAAGGAUUAGAAAUUGGAAUCGUGCGACAAUUUCCGUUCACCUCGAGCCUUCAACGGAUGAGCGUGAUCACGAGGACAUUGGGCGCGAAUCAUUACGAUCUUUAUUGCAAAGGUAGCCCGGAAAUGAUCCUGAGCCUUUCCAGAGCCGAAUCCAUUCCAGCUGACUUUAGCGCGGUCUUGCAAGAGUACACGUCGGAAGGAUAUCGCGUGAUCGCGAUGGCGCACAAAACUUUGAAUCGUCUUCCUUACGCGAAAGUUCAAAGAUUGAGCCGCGAGGCCGCCGAAUCCGAUUUGAUCUUCUUGGCGUUCGUCAUCAUGGAGAACAGAUUGAAACCGGAAACUAUGCCAGUCAUCAGUGCUUUAAACACUGCCUGUAUUAAAACCGUGAUGGUGACUGGCGACAACAUGUUGACAGCCCUGUCCGUUGCCAGAGACUGCGACAUCGUGAAGCCAGGAACACCGGUAAUCGCGGUCUCGGCUACUCAACAGAAUCAAGUGAAGCCACAGAUCUAUUUCACGAAGAGCAACAGUCAACCGUCGCCGAUUUCACCGAUGGGUCACGGGGAUCUUAGCGAAAUGACUGAUUUGAAUAGCAUAGCUAGCUUGGACACGGUCGAAAGUGGCUCUUUCGGGAACAAUCAGUUCGAAAACGAUGUCAAUUAUUUAUCCGACGACUUACAACACUCGAAAAACAAGUACGUGUUUGCACUCACUGGUAAAACGUGGGCACUAGUUAAACAUUACUACCCAGAACUGAUUCCCAAACUUGUCACCCGUGGUGCAAUUUUUGCGCGAAUGUCGCCAGACCAAAAGCAACAACUUGUUCAGGAAUUGCAAUCUUUAGGAUACUAUGUUGCCAUGGUGGGUGACGGUGCAAACGAUUGCGGAGCUUUGAAGGCUGCUCACACAGGAAUUUCUCUGUCGGACACCGAAUCAUCCGUAGCUUCACCCUUUACCAGUCGCGAAACCAACGUCUCCUGCGUUUUGACCGUCAUUCGGGAAGGUCGCGCUGCUCUGGUUACCUCUUUCGGCAUUUUCAAGUAUAUGGCUAGUUAUUCGCUUACUCAGUUCAUAUCCGUGAUGUUGUUGUACAGUAUCGAGUCUAACUUAACGGACAUCGAGUUUCUGUACAUCGAUCUCUUCAUCAUCUCUAUCUUCGCUUUCUUCUUCGGUCGUACCGAAGCGUACGAUGGUCCGUUGGUUAAAACAGCACCUCUGAACAGUUUGAUCAGUACCACCCCGGUCCUCAGCCUCGUAACACAGAUUCUGAUCGUGGCUGUGUUUCAGUACGCCAGUAUUUGGCAUCUUCAACAAAUGGAUUGGUUCGUUCCGUUCAACGCGACGAUCAAAGCGAUCGAGGAUAAGGACGACGUUGGUUGUACAGAAAACUAUACGGUUUUCAUUAUCAGUUCGAUGCAGUACAUCAUUCUAGCUGUGACGUUCUCGAAAGGACAUCCGUAUAGAAAAUCCUUGUUCACGAAUUACGGUCUGCUCACUUCGUUCAUUUUCUUGAGUCUCUUCUCGGUCUACCUCGCCACGUUUCCCUUCGAAUGGCUGACCGAUUGGUUCGAGCUCGUGCUUCCCGGGAGCAUCGGUUUCCGUUUUAUACUGGUCGGCUACGGCAUCGUGAAUCUAGUGAUCUCCUUGCUGAUGGAAUACGUUUUCGUCGACUACCUCGUUUUUAGCAAGUUACGUUACCGCUGGCACAACGUUGACAAAUCGAGAAGAAAAUUUCUCGCGUUCGAACGCGAUAUGGCUCGUGACUUAAAAUGGCCAAUGAUCUCCCAGGAACCUUUGCCAGAAGCGACACCGGAUAUUCUGAUCCGUCAGAACGUCACCGAAAUCAAGAUCGAGAAACGCGUGCCCGAUCCCUGUCACCCGGUCGACACAAGUUUCAUGAACAGUCCCGUAUGCCCUGGUUUUAAACAAUUUGGCUCGGCCAGGGAAGUUACCUUGAAUCCUAGAUCCCUGUUCAACGAUCGCAGGAACACCGUGUCCAUGCAAACGGUUCCCUGUUUCGAGGACAAGGACUCCGUGACGAAGCAGCCAAAAUUGGAACUAACGGCGAAGAGGAGGCACAAUUCCGAGUCGGAAAACGGGAUAAAUCGGUACGAGAAACCGUUCAAGAGUCAUAGCACCAACCCGAUCGCAACGUUGCCUAGAAACACGGCCAUGGCUCUUCAGCCGCAAAAACUGAGGGAUUUUAAGAACGCGUUGACUCAUAAAAGCGAAGACGGAUUGUCUCCUAACGCGCAAAGCGUCCUCGAACUCGACAUACUUCCGUCGUAGAAGAGAAUCCUAGAAUUUCCUGGAAUUCUAAUCAACGUUGUCGCUAUAGAAAGGUCAGUGCAUUUCUGGUCCCAUGACAAAACUGCAAGGCUCUGGUAAACGAUUUAAAAAUCAGGUGACAAGGCACGAUUCUCGGCACGAUUUCCGUUUAGAAUCGUUCACACAGUGCAUUUAGAAUGAGCUCGACGUGAUCGACGAAAAUUCCCCCCUUAACCCGAGCAUCGACGUAUCUUCGUGGGGUCCCUUUUGACCUCUGUCUUUCUUCGUCCUCCUCCUUUUAUUAGUAUUCGAGCGUAUCACUCUCUCGAGAAAGUAUUACCGUUAGAUUAUUUAUCUUAGAUGAUGAGAAUUUUAACUCGCCCUGCCUAGGGAGGAAGCGUCUUCUUGUGGAAGACUUGUACCCUUGACGCGGGUCGAUCAAACUAGAUAGGUAGACACUAUUUUUAUUUCUUAUUACCCCCUCGAAUAUUCUUCGCGCUACGAAACCGUCUCUUUUCCACUGCGAUAUCGAAGAAACACCUUAUAAUUUAUAAACGAAAUAAAAAGAAGCACACUGAAUUCUUUUCUAACUGUAGGGAAUUGUAGGGAAAUGAAUUGUAAUGCCGUUUUCGCGACGAAUAAAUUCUGUUCUUUUUUUUUCUUUUCUUUUACCUAAGGAUUCGCGGUAUCUAGUCUGAUCUCGUUAGCUCGGAGCUAAUUAGUUGCUACACGAAAACACGAAGAAGGACGUUCGUUGACGAAGUCGACGAUUACAUUUCGUUACGCAAUUCGUCGCGAAAGCAGGAGAUUAGUUAGAUUUCUUUUUCUUGUUUUCUGUUUUGGUGUGAAGAAAGGAAUUUUGCAAUUGUUAUUCUAGUUUAUCCCAACGUACGAUACUUAAGCGAGCCUCGAUGGCUGGAUGUGUUAACAAAUGGAGCAAACAGAAAUUCAGUGGCUCGUGGUUACUUAUCGUUGAAACGGGCAACGAGAUCAAUGUGUACUUAUAAAUACUUAUACGCAAUGGAAACACAUACUUAAAAAAAGAAAAAAAUGCGUUGUUCUACUAUUCGCGACGCUAAGCUUGCGUUGAGAUAUAGCGGUUGUCUAAUAACAAAGUAUGUUUUUAAUGGAAAAGACUUGUUCUUUAGCACCCGCCAUCCUAUCAACCUUCCUUGAUAAACUGGACGUACAAAUUAAUUAAAAUAACGACACAAGCGUUUCAUCGAUGCAACAACAAUUCAGAGUGAAAUUUCUAUAUUGUUCCUUUAUACGUAUGUAGAAAAAGUAUUAUUAACAAAUAUUAUUUGUUAAAAAAAUGAUGACUGUUAAAAAUUUUCUGAAUAAACUUAUCGUUUCGUC